UUAUGGUCACUGUAGAUCUGGCAGUCGACCGGCUAAGGUGAAGAAUUUAUGUGCGUUGUGAAAUUUAUUUAAUUUUUUUCGAAAUGGGACCGCCAAAAAAAUCAAAAAAGGAGCGCAGCGGUGGGGAUAAGUUCGCCAAGAAGCGGCGGGCCGAAGAUGAGGCCUUCACCCAGCUCGUUGAGAUGGAGAAUGACAGCAAUGAUGCCCCCGAGGCUGAAGGAGUACCAGGAGCAGCGUCUAAGAAUGCGGAAGCCAACGAUGAUAAUAUCGACACAGAUGAAUACGGGGCCAAAGACUAUCGCUCCCAGAUGCAAUUGCGUCAGGAUCAUAGCAAUCGUCCACUCUGGGUGGCACCCAACGGACAUGUCUUCCUCGAAUCCUUCUCACCGGUGUAUAAGCAUGCCCACGACUUCCUUAUUGCCAUAUCAGAGCCAGUAUGCCGACCGGAGCACAUCCAUGAGUACAAGCUAACUGCAUAUAGUCUCUAUGCCGCUGUCUCAGUGGGCCUGCAAACCCAUGACAUUAUCGAGUAUCUAAAACGUCUCAGCAAGGCGACCAUUCCCGAGGGCAUUAUUGAGUUUAUACGUCUCUGUACUCUAUCCUAUGGUAAAGUUAAAUUGGUUUUGAAGCACAACAAAUACUUCAUCGAAUCGCCGCAUCCGGAGGUGCUGCAAAAGCUACUCAAGGAUCCGGUUAUUCAAAAGUGCCGACUUAUACGGAAUGAGGGCGAGGAAUUCAUUCAAGGUACAAUGGAUGGCAAAGCGAUUACCCAAUUUGGCACAAAAUUACCUCCUACAGCUGCUGGGGCAGGCACAAAUCCUACAGAGGAAGCGGCCCCAUCAUCGGCAACGACUGGUGCCGAUGGUAAUACCGCUGUACCCGAUGACAUAACAAAUUUCUAUGAGAAAAUCGACAAGGAAGAGGAGGAUGAGGACGAGGCAAAUUUGAAAACCGUAUCCUUUGAGGUGGCCCAGGAGAAAAUUGAGGUAAUACAGAAACGUUGCAUUGAGAUUGAGCAUCCAUUGCUAGCGGAAUAUGAUUUUCGUAAUGAUACCCAUAAUCCGGACAUAAAUAUUGAUCUGAAACCCGCUGCCGUUCUGCGUCCGUAUCAGGAGAAGAGUCUUCGCAAAAUGUUUGGCAAUGGCCGUGCACGUUCCGGUGUAAUUGUCCUUCCAUGCGGUGCCGGUAAAUCUCUGGUCGGUGUCACGGCAUGCUGCACGGUGCGCAAACGUGCCCUGGUCCUAUGCAACAGUGGCGUAUCGGUGGAACAAUGGAAACAACAGUUCAAGAUGUGGUCCACAGCCGAUGAUAGUAUGAUUUGUCGCUUUACCUCAGAGGCCAAGGAUAAACCCAUGGGCUGUGGCAUCCUUGUGACCACAUAUUCCAUGAUAACACACACACAGAAACGUUCCUGGGAAGCGGAGCAGACAAUGCGUUGGCUUCAGGAACAGGAAUGGGGCAUAAUGGUCCUAGACGAGGUGCACACCAUUCCCGCCAAGAUGUUUCGACGCGUCUUAACCAUUGUCCAGUCCCAUUGCAAGCUCGGUCUGACCGCCACUCUGCUGCGUGAGGAUGACAAAAUAGCUGAUCUAAAUUUCCUCAUUGGACCGAAAUUGUAUGAGGCCAAUUGGUUGGAAUUGCAAAAGAAGGGCUUCAUUGCCCGUGUCCAGUGUGCCGAGGUCUGGUGCCCCAUGUCGCCAGAGUUCUAUCGAGAAUACCUGACAACAAGGACAUCGAAAAAGAUGCUGCUGUAUGUGAUGAAUCCCUCCAAGUUUCGUAGUUGUCAAUUUCUCAUUAAAUACCAUGAACAAAGAGGCGACAAAACGAUUGUCUUCUCGGACAAUGUAUUUGCUCUGAAGCAUUAUGCCAUCAAGAUGAACAAACCCUUCAUCUAUGGACCCACUUCACAGAAUGAGCGUAUACAGAUUAUCCAGAAUUUUAAAUUUAAUGCCAAGGUCAGUACGAUAUUUGUAUCGAAAGUGGCCGACACCAGUUUCGAUUUGCCCGAGGCGAAUGUUCUCAUACAGAUAUCCUCGCAUGGUGGUUCUCGUCGUCAGGAAGCACAACGUUUGGGCCGUAUUUUGCGUGCCAAAAAGGGCGCCAUUGCCGAGGAAUAUAAUGCAUUCUUCUACACUCUCGUCUCGCAGGAUACCAUGGAGAUGAGCUAUUCCCGGAAACGUCAACGUUUUUUGGUCAAUCAAGGUUAUAGCUACAAAGUGAUUACCCAUCUCAAAGGCAUCGAUACGGAACCUGAUUUACUAUAUGGCACCCAAGAGGAGCAGGGCCAAUUGUUGCAAUUGGUGCUAUCUGCUUCCGAUAUGGAUUGCGAAGAUGAGAAGAUGCCAGGCGAGCCUGGAUAUCGUGCUGGUGGUGGCGGUACCACAAAAAGAACUGGCGCUAUCAGUUCCAUGUCGGGUGGCGAUGAUGCCGUCUACUAUGAAUAUCGACGCAAGAAUACUGGAAGUGUUCAUCCUCUUUUUAAGAAAUUCAGAGGAUAAAUCACAUAUCCAAACAAAAACUUGUGUCUAAACCAUAAAUAAAGUUCAAUCAAAACAAAAAACAAAA